AUGCUCCUCAUUUACUUACUGGUCGGCCAUGCGGCCGCGCAGAUGGCCGAAGGGCCACAGGCGCCGCCCCAAGUCCAGAGCCCGACAUUCACUGCGCCCAUCGCAAGCAUGCCCCUAACCCUUUCCACACCCGUUGUUUCUGGACCGACAUCCUCUCCUGCAGGAACUGGGGGCACACAGACCACCGUCAGCACCGCCGUCCCCUCGGUCUCUGGGUCACCUGAUACCCCGGUUCCCGGUCAGGAUACGGUCCCGCCCAUUCAAUGGUGGUGCGCUGACAACGCGACGUAUUGCCCCGGUCGGCUCCUGCAGGAUGUGCAGCUUGCCGGCGUUUUCCCAGACUCAAAGACAUUUGUUGACAAGCCGACGAAUGGCUCGCUCAACGACACGCUCAACGCUUUCGCAGCUCUGGGAAACAAUGUGACGGUCGGCCAAAUCGCAACUUUUGCAUCAGACUGGUUCAAGGGCGAGGGGCUGGAACUCGAGCCCGUCGAGAUCCAGGGAUUCAAUCCCAAACCUGCGAUCUUAUCCAACGUAACCGACCCGCUAUAUCGCGCCUGGGUCUCGGUCGUUCAUGGAUAUUGGACGCUUCUGAUCCGCGCGACGAACGAGAGUGCGCUCUGCCAACCCGGCCCGACCGGCUGUUCGAGCUCCUUAAUCCCGCUCAACUACACGAUCGUGGUUCCAGGCGGUCGAUACCGCGAAGUAUAUUACUGGGACAGCUACUGGAUUCUGCAGGGCCUUCUCGCAAGCGAACUGGACAACUAUGCCUGGAAUCUUCUGCAGAACUUUAUGGACCUCGUCGAUACUAUCGGGUUCAUUCCGAAUGGCGGGCGAAAGUAUUACCUCAACCGAAGCCAGAUGCCCGUCUUCGCACAGAUGGUACACACGUACGUCACUAAAACGGGGAAUACGACUGUACUCGACCGCGCUCUGCCACUCCUCGACGCGGAACUGCAGUGGUGGGACAUGAACCGCACGACGAAUGUUACGAGCCCGUUCUCCAAUGUAACGCAUAAAGUGGCCCACUUUGCCGUAAACAAUAGUGCGCCUAGGCCCGAAGGAUUCGUCGAGGAUCACGAGGCGGCUUUCGGCACUUCCCAGAGUCCCCAGAACUUCACCGAGCAGCAGAGGAGCGACCUGUACGCCGAGCUCGCUAGCGGUGCCGAAUCGGGAUGGGACUAUUCGUCGAGGUGGUGCCGCGAGCCAAUGCUCAAUGAGACGGAUAACAACGUCGUCCUCCGCACCCUUAAUGUUCGCGGGAUCAUCCCCGUCGACCUUACAGCUCUCCUCGCGAGUAACCACUACCUCGUUGCCGAGCUGUAUGAGAUGCGGGCUGGUAACGGGUCUGGUGGGCCUGUGACCGUCUCUGCCUCACCUCCUCCUCCCACGACCGUUCCUAACACUGCGACGCCCAGCCACGGCACGCCACCUGCCCAGUCGCCCUCAGCUCAGUCCCCUCCCGCCAACUCUUCAGCAACCCUGUCCACGCCUGCGGAGUCACCCGCGAAGCGGACAGCGGUGCCCACACUCCCUGGUGGCAAUAGCACCCUGGUGCCGAGCAUGUCACCGUUGUCUUCUCCCCCGCCUCCAAAUGCUACUACCAGCACUGGUGGAACCAGCGGCGGCACUGGCGGAUCACCUGCCGACAAAGCCGCCGGCCACCGCGCAAAGGGGGACGCGUAUAAGGCCGCCGUGCUCGACCUGCACUGGGACGCCGAGCGCGCCUACUUCUACGACUACAAUAUCAGUGCGAACGCUCACUCGUCGGUCUACUCGCCCGCCGGGCUGUGGCCGCUCUGGCUGAACAUCACGCCCGAGGGAUUGGAGGGGAACGAGACGAUGGCCCUCAAGAUUGCCAGUGGCCAACGCUUCAUCCUUGGGAACUAUGCUGGAGUACCCUCUGUCGCAAGUCUCCUCCAGACCGGCCUAAACUGGGACUUCCCGAAUGUAUGGCCUCCGCAUGUCUACACCACAAUCAAGGCCUUUGAGACUCUCGACCGCCUCGUGCCCAACGCGUCGACCUUUGACGCAAUCGGUAUCCCUUUCGACCAAGUUGCGCCGAACCAGUUCAACCUCGACCAAACCGCUCUCCCCGAGCAGCCGGCAGCCACGAUCGGCAACACCUCCCUCUUCACCAACGUCACCGAGCCCUGGCCGAAACAGAUGGCCAUCGAAAUCGCGCACAGGUACAUGACUGACGCGUUCUGUUCGUGGUACAGCACGGGCGGAGCGAUCCCGGGCAUUCUCCAACAACUCCCUCUUUCCGACCUGAACGCAACGGGCACCUGGACGCCCGACCAGGCCGGGCACAUGUUCGAAAAGUUCAACGUGACUGACCCGGACGCGGCGGGUGGGGGCGGUGAAUACACGGUCCAGAUUGGGUUUGGGUGGACGAACGGUGUAGUUCUCUGGACGGCUGGGAGGUAUGGGGAGUUCCUCCCCGCCCCGACGUGUCCCCUUAUCCCGAUUGUGGAGAAUGGUAAUGGUACCGCUGGCGGCAACGGCACCGGUGUGGGAACGAACCACACCACCCCAGGCGCUGGCAUGAACGGCACCACUCCAGGCGCCGGCAUGAACGCCACACAAGCCAUGUUCCGCGGCUACCGUAUCCCACGCAAGUAA